UCAUAUUUCACGUGAGACCUGCGAUGCUUAUACAGGUUCCUCAGGGAGUAUCAUUUCCUGUUGGGACCUCAUGAAGGUAAAACUGGGCUUGGAUUCCAAGCUGUCCUUUCUCCUCCUGCUGUCUGCUCUGCGGCUGUGAUGAGUGGCUGCGAUUAUUCAUGCGUAAUGAUUAUUUUUUUAACUCACGCCCUGAAGGAUAAGUAAUCACUUAGCCGGACCUGACAACUUAGAAAAACAAGCAGGCUGCUACUUGUGGUAUCUGAUGAACUGAUGGGAGAUUAAGCUCUUAUAAACAAACACCAGCCACAUGGACCAGAGGAAAAACUCCGUCUUCGCGAGGGCACAAAAUCCUGACUUAUUUAUUUGAUAAGAUUUGACUUAAUUAUGCCAACAUUUCUGAUUUUAAAUGUUUAAAAGUCGUUUCGACACCGCGCUGGUGUUUAUUGCCGUCCUGGUGUCUCCACUGCUGCUACAAUGCACCACAACAACCUGUCAGAAGGAUAAAGGAGGAAAUGUAAAUGAUGUGGUUGAGGGACACUGCCCUGUGAAACUGACCUCAGCCACCUCCAGGGAGCCUGGGGGGCAUUACUCAGAAUGUGUCACUGUCCGUGUCUGGAUAAAGGCUGAUGACUUCUGUAAGGCCCCGGUGAUUGAAAUUCUCUCAACCAUUAGAGAAAUAAUUAGACCUACCAUGAAAAAAAUCCCCAAAAAGUGCAAGAAUAAAAGAAAACCGGGUGAAAAACAUGUGCACUGUGGCACACCGCCACAGAGCGAUGCCAGUUCUGCUCUGUGGGAGCUGGUACACGAUUGUGUCAAUGCUAAAGCAACAAGUGUUGUCACUGCAUCCUACAUCACAACAUCAACACGCUGCAGCGUUAGUUACACGGUACCAGAUCCUAUACCAGACUUUGAUCUGUCUGUGAACCAGUCUUCUAAAUCCUUCUCUGUUACCGUGGAGCCCGGAGACAAAGUUCAAGUCAGAUGGUGUUACCAACAAGAUGUAGGGUACUGCAUCGGUGGGGCACUUUCCCCCGAAAUUACUAUUGCUCCAUCUGGGUCUCGAUCAGCUCUUCUUAACAUCCCUUACGUGCUGCCCUGUGUGUGUGUGCAGGUAUAUUAUGCCCGUAUCGAUUCCAGGCGACAUACAAAGUGUCCACUUCAAAAUAAGAGCCUCGCAGAUGUCAGAGAUGUUUGGCUCUCCUCUCAAGUCACAUUGUAUGAGUCAAGUUUGGAGUGGAGCUCCGAGUGUCCUGCCAGUGACCUGAAGAUCUCUGCCUCCCUCUGCUGGAGGCAACACGAACACCUCUGCACACCUGUGCUAAACUUCACACUGGAGGAGAAGGAAGAACGGCCAAACCUGAUAUAUGACACAUCUGCAGUGGACAAACACCCUCAGAUGUGUGUGCAGUUUUCUCUAGAAGGCAGCCAUAACAUCUCUUGCCCCUUCCAGGCUGAUAUGUCUUCGUGGGAGGUGUAUAUCGGACUGAGCAGGCAGAGUGUGUUUUUGUAUCUCUCCUCUUUUGUUCCUGCAAAGUUCUCAGCUCAACUGUGUGUCCUCGAUAAGAGGGGAUGUACACCCAUGGGGCAGGUCCUACUCAGUGACAAUGGUAAGCAUACAGUGUGUGUGUGUGAAGGUAAUACUACUAAGACAAGGCUUAAUGUGCCGCUUCACUUUCUUGCUGAGAAGCCAUGUGUGCAGGUGUGGCAGUCAAAUCCUGUUCUUCACGGAAGAAGAAUUCUGUGCCCGGACUACACACACGACCGACGUGGCAUGUAUGCUGUGGCAGCUUUGGUAUUAGUGGUUGUUGUUGCUUUACUGGGAAUUUUCAUCCACCGUUUCACCAAGAGCAGAGCUGCAGGUUGGCUCUGUAUCCAGGAGCCAGUGUUGCUGGUGUGCUCAUCAGAGCAGUCAGCCCACAUCUCUGCUGUGUGUGCAUUAGCCUCAAUCCUGCAGGGGGAGCUAAGUGCCGCAGUGCACAUGGCUUUGUGUUCCCAAAGCUCACAAACUGGGACUGGGACUGGAGUGGCAGAUCUGGGUCCACUUCCCUGGCUGUACGGGCAGUGGGAAGCCGUGCUUAAGGCUCAAGGAAAAGUGCUGAUUAUUUGGAGUCCUGAAGCCACGGAGGCCUAUGAGAACUGGAGAGAGGAGAGGGCAAACGUGGAUGAAAGUGAGAGAAAAAUGAGAGAUUACAGUAAAGCAGAGGCUGAAAUCAAGGUGGAAGAGGAUUCGAAACUGAAUGAAAGAAGACUGGUAAAUUGCAAAAAAGAGAAAGCUGCAGGAAAAAAACAUGUCAACUUAUGUGACGAUAAAGACUGGUGCACCCAGAGGGAGCCCUCCACUGUGAUAGCGCCAGUGUUUAAGGCUGCUCUGGCCUGCCUUGAGGGGGCGCUGCAGGAGUGCAAAGGUCAAGGAGUGGUCCUUGUCUACUUCCAGGGCUUUUGCCACAGCAGGGACAUCCCAAAGGCCUUCAGAGGUGUCCCUCGGUUCUGCUUACCGCAGGAUUUCAGUGGUUUGACACAGGAGCUGGGAGGGAGGAGAAGAGAGACACAAACUGGUAACUUCAGGUGGCACUGCUUGCCCAGACUCUUGUCUAAAGUGCUUUCAAUAUGGCUUGCACGGCAGCUAUCCCAAAGACUACAAACACUGCUGCCUCAGACGCAAGGAAAGAAAAAGCAAUGGCCCAGUGCCACAUCGUCACGCAACAUGAUGUCAGAUAAGACUCAGAGCAAGCUCAAGUUGCCACUGGCAGCCAACAUGGUAAGGCCAGGAACUGUACAAGAGCACGAGCCUCUCCACGUGUCGCCAUGGUGAGCAGAGAAACUUUAAUCUCAGGUUUCACAUGUCUGUCGGGAACAGGCUAUUGUUCUGCUGGAAACAUGAAACGUAUACAUGAGACACAGAUUGGCGUUCCACUGCGAACUCUUCAGAGCCAAUCACUCCGUAAAAACUUUUUAUUACUUGAAAGCAUCAUGGGAAACAUGCCACCAAUUGUUUUGUAUAUUAAGAAGAGGUAAAUACUGCGUCCUGCCUCCUGCAUUUAGCCUCUAACAGAAGCUCUUUAUGUUGCUUUUCUGACUGAAGCCAUAGUGAACACCUGUCUUAGCUGCUGUAUGCAAAUAUGCUAACCAGUAUGAAAAAAUGUUUGCAAAUUCA